CACCUUUUCCGUGGCUCGUAUAUCGAUUAUUAUACCACGUUCUCCUUCAUUUUGAAUUUUAUACGAGUUGUGAAUGACAAGAUCGCUUUAUCGUGAUUUAAACAGUCCGAUUUCAUUGUAACAUAAUUGAAUAGUGUACAUGAGAGCAAGAGAAUGUACUGGAAAUAUUUUUCACUUUCGGGAAAUGUAUUUCGAAACUCUUGUGUACAGUCUGUACAUGUAAGCUAAAACGGAGCAAUUGAUUCGUGCGUUGUUAUAACUUACAAUUUACAACGUACAUAUAAGUGUGACUAAAAUGGCGCUGGGUGACUCAAGCAAAGUAUCAAAGGUCAUUAAUUGAAUGUAGAUUACUUAUUUCUUAGAUCGAGCCGUGCAUAUUACUGCGACUCAUCUGUCGCGAAUUUUCUUCAUUCUUUACUUAUGAAGUCGUGACAUGCCAUUCGUUCACGAUUUCCCUACAAGUUGAUGGAAGAAAUGAAUACCCACUAUGGAGGUAGUGGAAUUAUUUAAUGAAAAUGUAGGGUCGUACAUUUUCUCAAGAUGGAUUGGCAGACUGAUCGAGGAAUAUCAGAUAUCGAAAACCUUCUUUAUCGUUUUAACAUUCAUACUCUUGAUUUUAUUGGUCGUAUCAAUAAUCAUUCUGCGAAAAUGGAAGAACAAAGAAUUCCUCCCAGAAGUGAAAGAUUUUGUUGGUGUAGGCACAAGCAAACCCAGAUUCAGAAAAAGAGACAAAGUUCUCUUCUAUGGAAGAAAAAUGUUAAGAAAAGUCAAAUCCAUUGGUGGACAAGUACAUGCGACUGGACAAGGGAAAAAACGAAAGGCUGUCAUGCGAUUUGCACGCAGACUGUUACAAUUGAAGAAAGAUUCAGUCCCGCAACAAUUAAAAGUUUUAGAACCACCUGCUGAAUAUUUAGAAGAAGAUCUAGGUCCUGGAGAUAGAGUACCGCCAGAUGCUUUAUACAUGUUGCAAAGCAUCAGGGUAUUCGGCCAUUUUGAGAAGCCAGUAUUUCUGAAAUUAUGCAAACACACGGAAAUCAUGAAUUUACCAGCUGGAAGCAUUUUAUUUAAAAUCGGAGAUCCGGAUGAAAAUUUAUUUAUAGUACAACAAGGCUUAGUUAAUGUUUAUAUUACAGGACCAGAUGGUUCUCAGAUAUCAUUAAAGUUAGUAAAGACAGGAGAAUCAGUAACUAGUCUUCUUAGUUUCACGGAUGUACUUACUGGUCACACAAGUACCUAUAAAACAGUAUCUGCCAGAACUGUGGAGGAUUCUAUAGUAGUCAAGUUACCAAUGUGUGCAUUCCAAGAGGUUUUCAAAGAUCAUCCUGAUACAUUUGUUCGAGUUAUCCAGGUCAUUAUGGUUCGCCUACAAAGAGUCACCUUUACUGCACUACAUCAAUAUCUCGGCUUAUCCGCGGAAUUGGUUAAUCAGGGGACUCAUAAAAAGAAACAGAGCCCAUUUUCUGGGUCCCCAGUUAGAUCAAGAACCAAAGAAAAUUUCUCUGCACAAAACACGGAAACGCUGUCCUCUACAGCUGCGACUGCUUUGUCGGAACAACACGAUGGAAACGACAUGUUAUAUCGUGACAUUAGUACUCUAAAUAAUCCUCAAUCUGUACCCAUUGUCAUAAAUCCACGGCCAAGAAGUAAUCAUGAUUGGAAAAAUCAAACUUUGAGUCCGCAAUCGGAUCAAAACGUAGCGGAUAUGGUGCCAGAAUGUGAUUCUCAUUGGUCAAAUUCGCCUAUAACACCGCAACAGGGAUCCCAGCAUGGAUCACAGCCAGAUGUUGUACACACAGGAAAUUCUCAUCGGACGAAAAAAAGAUCUACCAUCGUUGAACCAAUUCAGCAGCAAUUAGAUGAAGCACAUCUCGUACAAAUAGCUACAGAAGCAUUUGUUAGAGAACUUGGUUUAGAAGAUGAUACAGUACUAAAGGAUGGCAAGGUUCAAAUUAGGGAAGUACCAGCUGGAACAUAUUUGAUGAAGGAAGAAUCUCACAAGGACGUUGCUCUUGUCUAUGUUGUAUCUGGCUCGCUGACGGUAAGCCAGCGCGUUUCAGAAGGCAGAGAUGUAGGGCAGGAAGUUCACAUGUUUAGUGCCCACCAGGGUGAAAUCGUUGGAGGAUUGGCUGUAUUGACUGGAGAACCCUCUUUUUAUACCAUCAGGGCUAAACAUCCUAGUCGCAUAGCACUUCUUAGUAAACCAACAUUUUUUUCAAUUAUGAGAGAACAGCCUACUGUCGUUUUACACGUAGCACAUUCUGUCGUCCGUAGACUUAGUCCCUUUGUCAGACAAGUCGAUUUUGCUCUUGACUGGCUAUUCCUUGAAAGCGGAAGAGCUGUGUAUAGGCAAGGGGACGAGUCGGAUUCGACAUUCAUUGUAUUAAGUGGUCGACUUCGGUCAGUGAUAACGUACAAUAACGGAAAGAAGGAACUAGUCGCGGAAUACGGUAAAGGAGACUUGGUAGGCAUUGUAGAAAUGGUUACACAAACCCCAAGAUCGACCACAGUGAUGGCGGUUCGAGACUCUGAGUUAGCAAAAUUACCGGAAGGAUUGUUCAAUGUUAUUAAACUUCGUUUCCCAAUAGUAGUUACAAGGCUUAUUAACCUACUUGGACAUCGUAUACUUGGCACCUGGCAACAACCACAUGCGAAAAACAUCAAUAUUGAUAAGCAACGGGCGGCUGCAACUGUAGAUACAAGGCCGGCUCAAGUAAAUUUUUCGACAGUUGCUAUAGUUUCAGUAUCAGACGAUGUACCAUUGACAGCGUUUACCUAUGAACUUUAUCAUUCUCUGUGCGCUAUUGGACCAUGUUUGCGCCUCACUUCGGAUGUUGUCCGAAAAACUCUGGGCAGUACUAUCAUGGAACCUGCAAAUGAGUAUCGAUUAACAUCAUGGUUGGCACAACAAGAAGAUCAACACCGAAUCUCACUGUAUCAAUGCGACCCAACGUAUACAUUGUGGACUCAGCGCUGUGUGCGGCAAGCCGAUUGUAUUCUUAUUGUUGGUUUAGGAGACAGACCACCAUCUAUAGGUCGAACCGAACGGGAAAUUGAACGUUUGGUAAUGAGAACCCAAAAGGAGUUAGUACUGUUGCACAAAGAAGGCGGACAACGGCCUAUGAAUACAGUGCAAUGGUUGAAUAUGAGAUCCUGGAUUUCUAGUCAUCAUCAUAUUCAGUGUCCCAAGAGAAUGUUCACGAGGAGAUCACAGUAUAGGAUUAAUGAAUUGUAUUCUAAAGUUCUUAUGUCAGAACCAAACGUACACAGUGAUUUUAGCAGACUUGCUCGCUGGUUGACUGGAACCUCGGUGGGUCUUGUACUUGGAGGUGGUGGUGCUAGAGGUGCAGCCCAUGUGGGAAUGUUAAAAGCUAUCAUUGAAGCUGGAAUACCUAUAGAUAUGGUUGGCGGAGUUAGCAUCGGAGCAUUCAUGGGUGCAUUAUGGUGCAUGGAGAAAAAUAUUACGACGACGACCCAAAAAGCUCGCGAAUGGUCUAAGAAAAUGACGCAAUGGUGGAGGCAGAUAAUGGAUUUGACAUACCCAGUGACAUCCAUGUUCUCUGGGAAAGAUUUUAAUAAGACAAUCCAAGGAACGUUCGGUGAUACGUACAUAGAAGAUUUGUGGUUACCAUAUUUUACAAUAACCACAGACAUCACUGACUCUUGUAUGCGUACUCACACACACGGAUCGCUGUGGCGGUACAUUCGGGCUUCGAUGUCCUUGUCUGGUUAUAUGCCACCCAUGUGUGACCCAGUUGAUGGCCAUCUCCUACUCGACGGCGGGUACGUCAAUAAUCUUCCAGCUGACGAAAUGUUGAGGCAAGGAGCUCAUCACAUUCUGGCUAUCGAUGUUGGAUCACAGGAUGAUACCGAUUUGACGAAUUACGGUGAUUCUCUGUCCGGUUGGUGGUUACUUUGGAAACGAUGGAAUCCUUUCGCGACACCCGUCAAAGUACCAAAUUUACCAGACAUACAAUCAAGAUUAGCGUAUGUGAGUUGCGUACGACAGUUGGAAGAGGUAAAGAACUCGGAUUACUGCGAAUACAUCAGGCCACCAAUAGAUAAAUAUAAAACUCUUCAAUUUACUAAUUUCGAUGAAAUUAAGGAUGUCGGAUAUCAACACGGAAAAACUUAUUUCGAAGGGCAAUCGAAAGCCGGAGUUCUUCCUCGGUUUAACGCUGACAGAGAGAAUGCACGCGCUUUACGAGCUAAACAUCAAGCGUCAAAUCAACAAUCUAUACCUUCGUACACUUUCACAGAUUUGGCUCAAAUGGUGUGCAAAGUCUCCCGAGGAAGUCGAUACAUGGAUAUUGAUUCUGAUACAGAUGAGAUGGAAGAGUACGAAGCAGAUUUAGAAGAAGAUGCACAAGAAGUAGGUUACGCGUCUGAACCCACUGCCGGUAUUCUAGAUCAGAGUCCCGAUGAAAAUCUACGACGAAGAACUGGCAUCUCCUUAAGUUUGUCAGAUACGGAGGCCGAGUCGGAAUUAGAUUAUCAUCCGAAAAUAUUUUAAGCAUUUGUCUCUCACUCUUGUUUUAAUCUCCAUACACGUUCUGCAUCGUGUGUGAUGCAAAAACGUGCGUAACACUCACUGGUCAUAUGUACAAAAUAUAACAACAUUACAAUCAUACAUAGUUGUACAUGGAACGUAUUUAUAUGAAAGUACAAAAAAUAUUAUUAAGAAAAAAUAUUAAUGAGUAUCUUGCUAUUAUGAUGGUAGCAAUGCAAUCUUUCAUUAAUAUAUCACUAUGAAUUGAUGCAGCUAUUGUUCUUAUCAUUACUAAAUAUAUUAUUCUAUUGUUUAUAAAA